CGCGCCCCUCUCCGCCCAGUGCGCUACAGCCCCCUGCGCCGAGCCUGGCAGCUCGCUCGCGGGCAACCUUGCCGCCUGGAGCCCCGGAGGGCCAAAGCCAUGAACGAAAUGUCCAGCUUUCUUCACAUCGGGGACAUAGUGUCCCUGUACGCCGAGGGCUCGGUCAAUGGCUUCAUCAGCACUUUGGGGCUGGUGGAUGACCGCUGUGUGGUGGAGCCUGCAGCUGGGGACCUGGACAACCCCCCCAAGAAGUUCCGAGAUUGCCUCUUCAAAGUCUGCCCCAUGAACCGAUACUCGGCACAGAAGCAGUACUGGAAGGCCAAGCAGACUAAACAGGACAAGGAGAAGAUUGCCGACGUGGUGCUGUUGCAGAAGCUGCAGCACGCAGCCCAGAUGGAGCAGAAGCAGAACGACACAGAGAACAAGAAGGUGCAUGGUGACGUGGUCAAGUAUGGCAGCGUGAUCCAGCUUUUGCACAUGAAAAGCAACAAAUACCUAACCGUGAACAAGCGGCUGCCAGCCCUGCUGGAGAAAAACGCCAUGCGCGUGACGCUGGAUGCUACGGGCAAUGAGGGCUCCUGGCUCUUCAUCCAGCCCUUCUGGAAGCUUCGGAGCAAUGGGGACAAUGUGGUCGUGGGGGACAAGGUGAUCCUGAAUCCUGUCAAUGCAGGGCAGCCUCUGCAUGCCAGCAAUUAUGAGCUUAGUGACAACGCUGGCUGCAAGGAGGUCAACUCUGUCAACUGCAACACCAGCUGGAAGAUCACUUUAUUCAUGCAGUUCCGGGACCACCUGGAGGAUGUGUUGAAGGGGGGAGAUGUGGUGCGUCUGUUCCACGCGGAGCAGGAGAAGUUCCUCACCUGUGACGAGUACAGGGGCAAGCUACAGGUGUUCCUGCGCACCACGCUGCGCCAGUCUGCCACCUCAGCCACCAGCUCCAAUGCACUUUGGGAAGUGGAGGUGGUCCACCACGACCCCUGCCGAGGAGGAGCGGGACACUGGAAUGGCCUGUACCGGUUCAAGCACCUGGCCACAGGCAACUACCUGGCUGCUGAGGAAAACCCCAGUUACAAAGGUGAUGGCUCAGAUCCCAAAGCAGCAGGACUGGGGGCCCAGGGCCGCACGGGCCGCAGGAACGCAGGGGAGAAGAUCAAGUACCGCCUGGUAGCGGUGCCACAUGGCAACGACAUUGCCUCGCUAUUCGAGCUGGACCCCACUACGCUGCAGAAAACUGACUCCUUUGUACCCCGGAACUCCUAUGUGCGGCUACGGCACCUGUGCACCAACACGUGGAUCCAGAGUACCAACGUGCCCAUCGACGUAGAGGAGGAACGGCCUAUCCGGCUCAUGCUGGGCACGUGCCCCACCAAGGAGGACAAGGAGGCCUUUGCCAUCGUGUCGGUGCCUGUGUCUGAGAUCCGUGACCUGGACUUUGCCAACGAUGCCAGCUCCAUGCUGGCCAGUGCUGUGGAGAAACUCAACGAUGGCUUCAUCAGCCAGAACGACCGCAGGUUUGUCAUCCAGCUGCUGGAGGACCUGGUGUUUUUUGUCAGCGACGUUCCUAACAAUGGGCAGAAUGUCCUGGACAUCAUGGUCACCAAGCCCAACCGAGAGCGGCAGAAGCUGAUGCGGGAGCAGAGCAUACUGAAGCAGAUCUUCGGCAUCCUGAAGGCUCCGUUCCGUGACAAGGGGGGCGAAGGUCCACUGGUGCGUCUGGAGGAAUUGUCCGACCAGAAGAACGCCCCUUACCAGUACAUGUUCCGCCUGUGCUACCGGGUGCUACGGCACUCCCAGGAGGACUACCGCAAGAACCAGGAGCACAUCGCCAAGCAGUUUGGGAUGAUGCAGUCUCAGAUCGGCUACGACAUCCUGGCUGAGGACACCAUCACUGCUCUGCUGCACAACAACCGGAAGCUGCUGGAGAAGCACAUCACCAAGACGGAGGUGGAGACCUUCGUCAGCCUCGUGCGCAAGAACAGAGAGCCCAGGUUCCUUGACUACCUCUCCGACCUGUGCGUGUCCAACCACAUAGCCAUCCCUGUCACCCAGGAGCUCAUUUGCAAGUGUGUGCUGGACCCCAAGAACAGUGACAUUCUUAUCCAAACUGAGCUGCGGCCCGUGAAGGAGAUGGCACAGUCUCACGAGUACCUCAGCAUUGAGUACUCGGAAGAGGAAGUGUGGCUCACGUGGACAGACAGGAACAACGAACACCAUGAGAAGAGCGUGAGGCAGCUGGCCCAGGAGGCGCGGGCGGGCAAUGCUCAUGAUGAGAACGUGCUCAGCUACUACAGGUACCAGUUGAAGCUGUUUGCCCGCAUGUGCCUGGACCGCCAGUAUCUGGCCAUCCACGAGAUCUCCAAGCAGCUGGGAGUAGACCUGCUUUUCCUGUGCAUGGCGGAUGAGAUGCUGCCCUUUGACCUUCGAGCCUCCUUUUGCCACCUGAUGCUGCAUGUGCACGUCGACCGUGACCCCCAGGAGCUGGUGACGCCGGUCAAGUUUGCCCGCCUCUGGACAGAGAUCCCCACAGCCAUCACCAUCAAGGACUAUGAUUCCAAUCUCAACGCCACCCGGGAUGACAAGAAAAACAAAUUUGCCAGCACCAUGGAGUUUGUGGAAGAUUACCUUAACAAUGUGGUCAGCGAGGCCGUGCCUUUCGCCAAUGAGGAGAAGAACAAACUCACCUUCGAGGUGGUCAGCCUGGCGCACAAUCUCAUCUACUUCGGCUUCUACAGCUUCAGCGAGCUGCUGCGGCUCACACGCACCCUGCUGGGCAUCAUUGACUGUGUUCAGGCGCCGCCAGCUAUGAUGCAGGCCUAUGAGGAGCCUGGUGGUGAGGCUCGGCCCCCCCCUCCCAGUUCUUCCUGGCACCCCCCAGUGCUACCUGCUUCCUGGCCCUGCCAGCAGCUCCCUCCAUCCUGCUAUGUGAGGGGGUUCAACAGCCCCGCAGCAGAGGCAGAGCGAGGAGGGGCCAGGGGCUCUCGGUCUGCAGCCCUCCCUGGGUGUUGGGGUCUGGCCCCUGAUUUUGGCAUUGCUGGCACGUUCAUCCUCAAUGUGCGCCUGGACUACCGCAUCUCCUACCUGCUGUCGGUGUUCAAGAAGGAGUUUGUGGAGGUGUUCCCCAUGCAGGACAGCGGGGCAGACGGCACAGCGCCUGCCUUUGACUCCACCACUGCCAACAUGAAUCUGGACCGCAUCGGGGAGCAGGCGGAGGCCAUGUUUGGAGUAGGGAAGACCAGCAGCAUGCUCGAAGUGGAUGACGAGGGCGGCCGCAUGUUCCUGCGGGUGCUGCUGCACCUGACCAUGCAUGACUAUGCACCUCUGGUCUCCGGCGCCCUGCAGCUGCUCUUCAAGCAUUUCAGCCAGCGCCAGGAGGCCAUGCACACCUUCAAGCAGGUCCAGCUGCUGAUCUCAGCCCAGGAUGUUGAGAACUAUAAGGUGAUCAAGUCAGAACUGGACCGACUGCGGACGAUGGUGGAAAAGUCCGAGUUGUGGGUGGACAAGAAAGGCAGCGUCAAGGGCGAGGAGGGGGAGGCAGGCGCCACCAAGGACAAGAAGGAGCAACCCACGGAUGAGGAGGGAUUUCUACAGCCACAUGGGGAGAAGAGCAGUGAGAACUACCAGAUUGUCAAGGGCAUCCUGGAGAGACUGAACAAGAUGUGUGGGGUCGGGGAACAGAUGAGGAAAAAACAGCAGAGGCUGCUCAAGAACAUGGAUGCCCACAAGGUCAUGCUGGACCUGCUGCAGAUCCCCUACGACAAGGGUGACAGCAAGAUGCUGGAGAUCCUGCGCUACACACACCAGUUCCUGCAGAAGUUCUGUGCUGGGAACCCCGGCAACCAGGCCCUGCUGCACAAGCACCUGCAGCUCUUCCUCACGCCCGGGCUCCUGGAGGCCGAGACCAUGCAGCACAUUUUCCUCAACAAUUACCAGCUGUGCUCUGAGAUCAGCGAGCCCGUGCUGCAGCACUGUGUGCACCUGCUGGCCACGCACGGGCGCCACGUGCAGUACCUGGACUUCCUGCACACUGUCAUCAAGGCCGAGGGCAAGUACGUGAAGAAAUGCCAGGACAUGAUCAUGACUGAGCUGACCAAUGCAGGUGACGACGUGGUGGUGUUCUACAAUGACAAGGCCUCUCUGGCCCACCUCCUGGACAUGAUGAAGGCAGCCCGAGAUGGCGUGGAAGACCACAGCCCCCUCAUGUACCACAUAUCCCUGGUGGACCUGCUGGCUGCCUGUGCUGAGGGCAAGAAUGUCUACACGGAGAUCAAGUGCACCUCCCUGCUGCCUCUGGAGGACGUGGUGACGGUGGUGACCCACGAGGACUGCAUCACGGAGGUUAAAAUGGCGUACGUGAACUUCGUGAACCACUGCUACGUGGACACGGAGGUAGAGAUGAAGGAGAUCUACACCAGUCUGCAACAAACGGGAGAAGCGCCUGGCGGACCCCACCCUGGAGAAGUACGUGCUCACCGUGGUGCUGGACACCAUCAACGCCUUCUUCAGCUCCCCGUUUUCAGAGAACAGCACGUCACUACAGGUGAGAAGCCCACACGGUCAAGCAUGGCCACUCUAGCUUGCUCUCUUGUGGAGCACAGCCUUGCUUACACGAGCACGGGAAGAUGCUGCAAAAUGCAGUACAUUGGUUUUCCACUGUGUAACAAAGGGCCCCAAAUGUGUGCUGGGAACUACAGUGGAAAUGAUACAAAGUAA